CCAACUCUUAAGAUCACACGAACUAAGAACUCUUAUUCCCGGAGCUCGUAUGUGCUUACCAGGACGCGGGCCCGUCCUACUUCAGAUCCCGCUACGCACCAUCCACCAUCUCAUUCGCCAAGGUCCGAUUCUUCUAAACUGAUACAGCCUAUCAUCCAGGAUGCUCCCAACUUGUCUCCUGCAUCAACAGCUGUCUCCUCUAUCAGUUUAGUCGAAUUGUCCUCUGGACACAAUGAUGCCGACCUACUUGCCGAGGGCUUGGAGCAAUCUGCUUGCAUGGACUCGAUUGCCAUGUUGGACACAGGUUACCCAGAUGGCGAACAUAUGGAUCUUGAGACAAUUGCCUUUCCUGGGCCUUAUGCUGUCGUUUUAAUCCCUUUGUCUAAAGGGUCUCAGUUAGUUCACACUUCGAACAGCCCUCAACUAUGCUCUGAUACCCCGAACUUGCUUGAAGCAGCUGAUAUUGAGCAAUCUGAGCCUUGUAUUCCGAGUACCGACCAUAUCCCUGGUUCACCUGAUAAUGUUGUGGAGUACACUGAGAGUGACAGCAGGGAAAUUGCUAUUGAGAGUGGGAAUUCGGACACGGAGGCGAAAAGCAUUACAGUAUUAUCACCCAGGUGUUUAUCUGUAACAGCUCAGCAUGAAGAAUUGAGCUUGUUAGAUGAGACUGCUUCUUAUAGUUGUGACGCUGGACUCCAAGCGCCCUUGGCACUUUGGCGGCCAAUGGAGGCCGAGGCUAGUAAUUCUUUACACAUGGAAUCGUUCUCAGAAUUAUUGCCCACCUGUCCUCCAUUAUCUUACUCUUUAGGUGAAUCGAAUUCUGGACUAAUGGCUUACCUUGUGUCGACAAAAUCUCCUGAACCGUUAGGUCAAUUACCAGGGUGGUCAAAUACCAACCCAACUGAGCUAGAUGCAGAUAUUGAUAUCAAGUCUGAUUCUGAGGUAUCUGAAGAAGCUGUUAAUGGUGCUGGAGAAACGAAUGCUAAUGUGGACGAUGAGGGUUCUGUAAAAUGGGGCUCUAUCCCUCAAUCUUCUCAUCUUCGUGCCAACCACAGGUCUUUUCCUUCCAAUUCGUCUCACACUCCUCAUUCAGAUUCAUCUGAUUGCUCUAUUAUCUCUAAAGAAAACAGACCACCAGAUAUUUCUUGUUCCGAAGAAUGUACCACACACGCCAUCGAUUCUGGGCCCUUCCAGCAUAUGAGAAAGGGUAAAGGAGAAGGUGAUGCUGUGGAUAGAGAGGAUGGAAUAGAGGAAGAUGAGGCAGAAGAAGAAGAAGAAGAAGAGGAAGGAGAAGAGGAAGAAGAAGAAGAAAUUGAGGACUAUGACGAAGGGGAUGAAGAUGAUGCUAAGAUCAGAUGUCAGGAUGCAGAUACAGAAGUGCAGGAAGAUUUGACUCCACUAAACCAUAUUCCAGACGUGAAAACCUGUCUUUUACCCUUUCCAGGAGGUUACAAAGAACUCGCCUCACCCCAGUUUCCAUCACCAGAUCACUUACCCUCUGUCGGAUCGAUCUCUGGCUCCGUUUAUUCUAAUUUAAUUUUCUCUUCUGAGCCGGCUGGCGUUAGUUCAUCCGGUCAGGCUGAUGGGGACGAGGUGGCUCCUGGAAUUGGAUUCAUCAGACUUGAUAACCGAUCUACAGCCUAUAUCUCUGAUCCUUGUUCUGCUAAGCUAACAGACUACCAGAUGUCAGCUAUGUUCCAGGCUAAUGGCUCGGCUGCAGGUUUUUUUCCUAUAGAACCGGAAGUUAUAACUGGACCCUCUAUGUCUGACUGUGGGAGUGGCAGUGCUGCUGCUGAUUGCGGUAGCAGUGACUCUGCUGCUCUUUCAUGGCCCACUCGUCAGGAAUCGAGGCCGACUAGGCAAGUAAUAUACCAUCUUUCUGGUGUCUCGGAACCUUUCAUCGCACCUCCCAAUGACUCUAUUGUCUCAGACGCCUCAAGUCGGACUACUGGCUUGACAGAAAUUAGUCCCAUGAAGAUACACUGCCAAACGGAAUUAUUGACUCCAUCUGCUUUUUUAAUGCCAGCCUCGCAGUCUAACUGCGCCAAAAGUACCGUCGCUAUCCAAUCGAGCUGUUGCAACGAUGGAAUCACUAGCGCGAUAGGUUCUCCCACAACAUCUUCCACAGUCCCUUCUAAAAAUGCAGUCCCUUCUGACCCACCAUCCAGCAUAAUCUCUAGCUCAAUUAGCUCUACAUGCACUCCUGCAUUAUGCAACAGUCAUAUACUGUCUGCCGACCUUCCAGUUGAAAGAGAGCUUACUUUGAUGUCGCACGGUACGACCUGCGACGCCCCAAUUUGCUCAGACAACAGCACUUUGAGUGAUUGUAAUGGCCAGUUUUGCCACUGCAUAUUUGACGACCAUUACCAGCACCACGGUCAUAACGGACAUCAAAACCCCCAUAACCAUCAUCACAACCAGCAGCAUAUGAUACAGACUCCUCAUAACCAGAUUGAUUUUCAAUCGAGACCUUCCUCUAAAAAACAAGAUAACUUCGCCUCUAGUCAGCCUCAAGCGGGCCAAGAAAAUUUAGUUACAGAUUCCGCAGCACAUGAAAGCCCUUCUUCAUUACAUACACAGACCUCUUCAGCCCUGGGAGAUGAACAAAAAUGUUCCAAUUUCACUGUGGGCUACUUGAUAGGACAGCAGACGAGUCUAUCACUCCAAGAGACACCUGCUUUGCGAUAUUUCAGCCAGCCAACGUUUGCUUCAUUUGAUUCUUCAUCCUCACCCAGGAGCUAUCUAGUGCACAACCCCUCUUCUUCUAACUCUUCAAAUUUGCCAUCUUCUCAGGCAAUUGACUUCUGCCUAGCUGCACCAAAUACUUCAUCGCAUUACCCUGGCGCUUUCACGCCUCAACAAAUAAAUGAGUCUCGCUUUCACUGUUCAGACCAUGACGAAGUGCGCUCACAUCCCACAGUAGAUUUUGGAAGCGUCGCUUCCGUUGUUUCCCAGCAACAGCAGCCCAAAAUAAAGCAGCAACAACAAGCCCAUUCCACUUCAAAAUUUUCUUUCUUACAACCGCCCUAUUUGCCUGAGGAAUCACAUUUUCACUCAUUUUCAGACUCGAUCUCUGAAUCUGCCGAUCUCUCUCAGCCUGCCGUUUUGCAGACAGACUUUCCAGUGUCCUCCUCUCCUUUAUUUACAUCAGGCCAUCAUGAUCCUUUAUACACUCAUAAUCAGUACUACAGCACAGAUCACAGUCAAAACUAA